AUGCAUUUCAAGAAUCACCUCACCCUCCUCCUUAUCCUGACACCUGCGCUCGCCUCCUCAACUACAGCCCGCAUCUGGGCCGAAUUCUUGCCCUCCUGUCCCAUCAACCGCCUGCACCCAGCCUCAGGCCCAGACCACCUUCCCCACGAGGAGUUCAUCUCAGCGCUCAACAUCUCCCCAGGGACCUGCACGAACAUCUUCGUGCCACUCCCAUACGGCCGCGAGGUAACGCACAUGUCCUUUGACGCGGAAGUCAAAGUCGAAGGCACCAGACCCGAGAAAUGCAGAAUUUCCAUACACGAAGUCCCCGGGUGCGUCGACCAGCCUCUCCUCGAAGAGGAGGUGAAGCACGGCUUCGCGUCUAGUGAUUGUGUCGCCAGGAACUUCGUCUCGUAUAACCAGGUCUGGGUCAGGUUGGACUGCGAAGAGCAAGAGGCGGACGAAGAGGUGCAGUCGACUGAACAACCGGCGGAUGGCCAUAAGCCCCUGCUUCAUGACCGUCCUGAUCUCCAUGUGAACAAUUCGAUGGACUUGGCGAACCAGACCGCGCUUUAUUUGAAUGGGACGGGUUCCAGUACUGUUGCCAGGCCGGUCUCGCUGCGGAGGGCACUGCGUAUACGGCUGUAG